UAAUGGCACACUAUACCAUUUCUGGUUUUCUCGUAAUCUCCGUUCUUUUCGGUCUGAGCCAAGCUUUUGCCCCUUGUAAUUCGGAUGGAAACGCUUGUUGUGUCAAAGUAAACAAUUGUCAAAACAAUUACCCUACAAAUUAUGAUUCCAGCUGCGCACAAGAUGAAAUUUGUUGUAAACAUGAAGAUAUUGAUCUGGCUUGUGACAUAAAUGGUUACAAAAAAUGUGUAGAACCGGAUUUGUGCAAAGUUCCGUUCACUUUCCACUCCAACACUUCACCUUCACCUUGCCCUCCACGUUUGGUUUGCUGCCCAGUCCAAAAAAAAGAGACUCUGACCAUUAAAGAUCGGGUAUAAUUAUUUUUUUGAAGAACAUUCAAUAAAAAUUGAACCUAAAAACAUAUAGAUUCUUUUAUAACUGUAAUUCUC